AUGUCUUCCUCUUAUUCUGUAUCCUUUGCUUUCUUACCUCCACUCUUUCUCUCCGUGAUAGCUUUUCUAUCUUUCAUCCACAAAUGCACUCUCUCCUUUGUCCUUUCUAGCACUCUAUUUCAUUAUUUAUUCUCUAUUUUCUUUUCCUUUUUAUUCUUUCUGCCUAUUCUCUCAUUAUCACAUGCACACUGUCUUCAUGCCCCUAUCUCUCUCUCUCUCUCUCUCUCUCUCUCUCUGUCAAAUUCCAUCAAAUUUAUCUCUUAUAUUGUUUAUCUGCCCACAUAUGCACACUACACCUCCCCCACCUCGUUCCUUAAUCUCACGCAUCACAUUCUGUUCUCCCCACCCCCACCCACUUUCUCUCUCCUUCAUAUCUCCCCACCAAUACUGUUCUUUGACUCUGUGAAUAUAUACAUUUGUAAUUGUGCAUUGCCUGAGAUGGGCUAUACUCUUUCUUUCCACACAGUUUCACUUCUUUUUGUCUUUUUCUUCAUUCUCCUUCUCCAACUUUUCUCUUUUCCUUUCCUUCUUUCAUUUUCUUUUUCCACCUUUUCUUCUCGUCUCUGUAGCUUUAAGAGGAAAGGGGAGAUUUUUUCCUCUCUUUUUAUCUCUGUAUUUAAUUCAUCUUUAAUAUAUUUUUGUCUUGCUCCAAAUUUCUUUUUUCUAUCCUCCUCCUCUGUAUAUUUGCUUACUAUCUCACCUUUUUUUUCUUUUUUAAACUUUUCCUCUUUCUCCAUAUUUUUCUCCUUUUCUUUCUCUCUUUCUGUACCUUACCCAAUCCUUUACCCAUACAUAUUUCUUAACAUUCCUUUCCAGGUUAACCUCCUUAUAACCCCCACUGGCCUUCUUACUUUCACUGAUUGCAUAAAUUCACUAACCCCCCCACCCCACCCUAUCUCUCUCCUGCAUCUGUUGAAUACUAUCCAUUUGGGAGCAUUUAGGCUUGACUGCAUUACUAAACUUUAUGUUAAGCUAAUUUGGAGUUUUCUUUCACUUUUUCUCCUUUUUCUCUUUCUCUCUUUUUUCUUUAUAGGUUUCCCUCUCUUGCCCCACCAUUUUUCAUUGAAUUUUCUUUGCCUGACCCUCACUUCCUUAUUUUCAUUUCUCAUCCAUUCUAUUUUUUUAUCUUAUUUUUUUAUUCUCCCUUUUAUUUUUCUUUCUUUUUCAUUAUUCUUUUCUUUUUCAUUAUUCUUUUCUUUUUCAUUAUUCUUUUCUUUUUCAUUUUUCUUUUCUUUUUCAUUAUUCUUUUCUUUUUCAUUAUUCUUUUCUUUUUCAUUAUUCUUUUCUUUUUCAUUAUUCUUUUCUUUUUCAUUUUUCUUUUUUCUUUCUUUUGCCUUCACUCUCUCUUCUUUUAUUUGUUUUUCCUUUUUCUUUCUUUUGCCUUCACUCUCUCUUCUUUUAUUUGUUUUUCCUUUUUCUUUCUUUUGCCUUCACUCUCUCUUCUUUUAUUUGUUUUUCUUUUUUCUUUCUUUUGCCUUCACUCUCUCUUCUUUUAUUUGUUUUUCCUUUUUCUUCCUUUUCUUUUUACUCCACCCUUACCUUUUUUCUCUCUUUCACCUCUACCCAUCCCCUUCCCAUGUUGAUUCCAAAUGCAAUUUUCCAUUCUUAACCUUCUUUCUGCCCUCCUUACUCUGUAUCCAGCUCAUUGUCUGUCUGUCUGUUAGCAAGCUCACCUUUCAUGCUUGGAAACAGAUGGUUUCCAAGCGCGCCCUUCGUGUCUGUCUGCCUGCAAGCCUGCAAGCUUCGUCUUCUGUCUGUCUGCCUGCAAGCGCCUCUUCGCGGUUCGUCUGCCUGCAAGCCGCCGCCUUCUUCGUCUGUCUGUCUGCAAGCGCGCCCUUCGUGUCUGUCCAUCCAUCUCCAGACACAAUGUAG